CGGAGUUAUAUUUUUUUCUAUUUCUAGCGAAUUAAUCUUUCCCGCUAGAAUAAAGUGAAAUCAAUUGAGCAGCCAAUAAUGGCAGGUUUCUUAGCUCUUGUGGCUGAGGCUACCAACGCCAUCUCAGGUGCCCUCAUCAUCUCAUGCUUGCUGCUCGUUACUCUUCUCAUAUUGAGGUUCCAACAUGACAACCCAUCCUCAGUGGUACACGUUCAACAUCAGCCUGUGCAAGUGGCGGUACAAAAGCUUUUUGUGCCCUACACACUCGCACUCUGCACUUCAGCUGAUAAUGAUGUGCAAGAGUCUGGCCUCAAGGCUCGCGUACGCUGCGGGGCGCUUGGCCGCGGUUGUUUGGUGCGCUGGUGGUGGGGGGCGCUGAUGAGCGAUCUCGCGCAGUUGCUGCACGCGCCCUGGCAACACUUUAGCAACUGCGUCGUCAAUGACACGGCUUUUGAGGGGCUACAAGGCGGCAGCAAGGUCCUGGAGGCUGGUGAUCACGAGUUGCUGCUGGAGACGAAGGAGGCGCUGACGUUAGGAUGCGCCCCGAGGCAGCGAUAUCCUCUCGUCGUGGUUCAGCUUAACACCGACGCUUGUCAGCACGAUGUCCAAGUGGGCUGUUUGGUGACGAUUGUUCACGUGGCCGACGCUCUGUGUCCCGAGCACAGCCGCGUACUGUACCAGUACCUGAAGCAGUGCACAGGACAGCUCACAAUGCUCACUACGUUGUACACUCAAUCGAAUGGCACCAGUCACAACUCGACCAGCAGUUCAAAGGCUCCUGCAACGCAUGCCAAGCCAGAUUUGAGUAAAGAAGCCGGGAUUGCUUCUGAAGACAUUGACGAGUCUUUUUCUCCAUGUCAUCCUAGUAACCAUAAGAGCCAUGACGAUGGUCAAGUUGAUUCAUUUGGUGCUCAAAAUGUCCUUAAUAGUACUGCUGAAACUGUGAAUGAAUCAACCUCAAAAAUGAGAACUGAUGAAGAUGUAGUAGCUUCUGGUGUAGAAGUAGCUGUUUCAAAUUGCAGUUGUGUUUGUACACGAGAGAAUCAACAUUUAGAGAAACACGCAGAGAUUUCCAAUGAGAAUCAUUCAGUUAGAAAUUCUAUGAAUAAUUUAAACGAAUAUAAGAACAUCGUUGGCGUAAGUGUCAGAAAGCGCAUCAGAGCAACCGAGUAUCAGGAGGAAGUGCCUGAUUACACCUCAAAUGUUCCGACGUCUAGUCAUGCCUGCUACCCAAAUUCUGUUUCGCCUUCAGCCUCACCAAAUGAUUCUAAUCCAGUAAGAAGUCAAAACUGCAAAUCAGGGAACGAGAUAAUAUGUGAGGCCAUUGUGCCGAAUGACAGCUCCGAGUCACGUUACAAUGUACCCAGCUCGUCCUUAAACAUGAGUGACUCGUCUAUAACUGUCUCUAACUAUAAUUACCAAAUGGAGACAUUAACUCAUGCUCCUGGGCAUGCUCCUUGUAUAAGAAGUUCAUCUGAGAAUAAAGAUUCAAUCGGCAAUUAUCCGGAAAAUGUCCAAAAUUGCGAUAGGAAAACUUCCAAUAGUGUUUUUGAUUAUGAUUCGUCUGUAGUCGUAGAUUCUCCUUCAUCUCAUAAUAAAAUGACCACAAGAGCGCAAACAUUGCCUGGAGUUGAACGUAACUUACCAUUGGAUGAACACAAAUUACUUCUUAGUUCACGAAAAGUGAUUGCCAAUGUUGAAGCGUUACAUCCAGCCGUUCAAGAGUCAGCUGUAGACGGCCAGAAUUCUCUCGACGGCCGAGCCUCACCUGCAGACGGUCAGAACUGUCUCGACGGCCGAGCCUCACCGGCAGACGGUCAGAACUGUCGCGACGGCAGAGCCUCACCGGCAGACGGUCAGAACUGUCUCGACGGCAGAGCCUCACCGGCAGACGGUCAGAACUCUCUCGACGACCGAGCCUCACCUGCAAUAGGGCAAGAAUUGCUCUCAGGCUCUCAUGCUCCCUUCCCUGGCACUCAUAACAUAUCUGAGCCAGCAUCGGAUGAUUGUGUUGUAUGUCAGGUGGAGUCGGUGUCCAUCGCACUGCUGCCAUGCUGUCAUGUGUGUGUUUGCUGGUCGUGCUUCAGUCAUCUGAUGGAGCAGCGUCAGGCGUGCCCUUUGUGCCGGCAACACGUCACUGCCUAUUUCAUAGUGUAGCGUCUUCAGCUAGAUCACGUUUACUGUAUUAUCUCUUAUCCUGAGUGCCGUCUGCGUACAUAACAAUAUUAAUACAUCUGUUAUCCCGUUAUCUAAUUUCAAGUUUAUAUUCUGGUAAGUGGAAUAAGUUUUUUUUGCAAAAAGUAUACGCUCAUUUCCUAGUCUAAUUUAGUGUGUACAUAUCAUAUCAGGUGUUUUCAAACUUAUUCUCAUAGCUCUUUCAGCUAAGUCAUUUAAAGCAGAAAUUUACGUGACUUGGUGAGUUCAGGCAAGCAUAUUCAUUUUACCGCAGUGGAAGAAUGGGAAAUAUUCUAUAUAUUUUUUUAACGGUUGUUGCGAGAUCUCUGCGGUCAGCGCUUGUUUCUUUUUCUGUGCUGAAAUUUCAUGAAAUUGUGUGAGUCUGCUAAUAAUAAAAAGUAAUUUUUGGCAUUAAUUAUAAGAUAAAUGAUAUAAAUAUCACGUCAUUUAUCAUCCAACUACUGUCGGACCAGAAAUUCUGUUUAUUUUUGUUGAUUGACGAAUUAAUUUCACAGAAUGGUUUCCCUGUUGUUUCCUUCGUUCUAAAGCUAAACGAUGAUUCGCUUCUGCUGCUGAAACGUGCUGUGAUAAUUCCUUUAACGCCAAGUUUUCUGUACCAAAAUUUAGAGCGACUGAUGCGCCGAAUGAUGUGCAUCAAGAUGAACUGAUUGCUGCGAGUCGGGCCCGAGUAAAGCCGCUACAAUAAAGUA